AUGUGUAUAACAAAAAAAGCGAAGAAAGAGCCAGUAUCGGUUGCUGCGACUCCAACUGCAAGUCCAGGUGUUACUCCGACGGCUGAUCCAUCUGGAAAGAACAAGAAACCGGGGGAUAAGUCUAAAGCUGCCAAAGCAGCCGCGUUCCCGGACACUCCGGCGGCUCCGGUCCCCAAACCACCGGCGAAAGCGAUGAUUGUGGUCAAGCCAUGGGUUCAACGUACUCUGGAUACUGGUGUUGCGAAUCUUGUCGAAGAAUUCCGUGGGUUGGCGAAAUGGACUCCGGAGGGAAUGACGACGGAAGCAUUCAAUGCGAACAAGGAUAAGAAUAGAUACCAAGACGUUCCGUGCCAAGACAAGGGAAGAAUAGUCUUGAAGUUUCCCGGUCUCGCAAGUGACUACAUUCAUGCCAACUACCUUGAAACCGCCCAUAAUCCGAAGAAGUUCAUUUGUGCCCAGGGACCAUUGGAGGGUACUCAACACUCAUUCUGGGCUAUGGUCGUUCAGGAGAAAGUGGAGUGUAUCAUUAUGCUGUGCAAUUGUAUUGAGAUGGGAAAAUUCAAAUGUCAUCAGUAUUGGCCGUUGGAGAAAGAUCAGAAGAUCUCGUUCGGAGAGGCUCCCAAUCAGAUUUUCGUCACGAAACUCGACGAGAAGAAGAUGUCAGCGGAAGAGCAAUGCAUCAAUGUGACAACUCUGAAAAUCGACACGAGUGAUGGAUCUAGAAAGAUUCAGCACUUGCAAUGGGAGAACUGGCCGGAUCGUGGAGUUCCACAGACUAAUCUCACUGCAAUUAACCUUCUCUCCGCCACCCGUGGAAACCAGAAUCCGAUUCUUGUUCACUGCUCUGCUGGAAUCGGUCGUACUGGUACUAUUGUGGCCAUUGCUUAUGUUCAAGACAAGAUGAUGGCUGGGGAAGAUUGUAUGGCGAUGAACGAAUUGCUCAAGGAGUUGAGAUCUCAGCGUCCGUGGUCGAUUCAGAAUGAAUUCCAAUACCUCUAUCUCCAUCGUGUUCUCCUAUCCUAUUUCCUCGAGCGCCACAAGAGUUCGUACGGUGAAUUGUUGUCGGCUGAAAACGCGGCAAAAUACAAGAAAUGGAUUGAGGAUUACGCAAAGAUCACAUCUGGAAAGUAG